AUGUCGUGCAAGUGUUUUCUCUUCGUUUUAAUCAUCACACAGGUCAAAGUGGCUCAUCCAUCGAAAGAUCAAAAUGCUUCAAUCGAUGGUUGUGUGAGCUUCAACUGGAUUGGGGAUUUUUUUGCGAGACAUAAGCAGUCUGAGUGGAACAACACAGUGAAUGAGAUCAUAGAAGACUGCCUUUCAAAUUAUUCAAAAGUCAAUGAAACCACUGGUUGUAACGGUCCAAUUGUAAAUGUAACAUUUCCACUCUUUUCUUGCUCUUCAAAUGCUACACUCUUAGAAAGGGAGUUCUCUUCUGUAUUGGUCAUCAAAGAAGAAUCGUUUACCACCGGCCGACAAAUCGUUCACGCAUUUGCACAAAUAUGGAAACUUCUUGUUCUUUGCAUAAUAGCUGCCAUGCUGUCAGGAAUUGUCAUUUGGUUUUUGGAUCACAGAGCAAAUUCAGGUCAUUUUCCAGACUCGUUUUGGAGAGGUGUUCAAGACGGAUUGUGGUGGGCAGUGGUUACCAUGACAACAGUCGGCUAUGGUGACAAAGCUCCUAAAUCAUCGCUGGCUCGGAUGUAUGCUUCAUUGUGGAUGAUCAUCGGAAUGCUGUUGAUGUCAACCAUUACAGCCCAAAUCUCCUCGUCCAUCACUGCUGAUGGACUUCGUCCCCUUAAUGAUGUGUUUGGAUCUAAGGUUGGUAUUCCCUUGGGAAGUAGAAAACUCUUUGAGAAAUACAACCAUGGAACCAACAUCACAGAAUAUCCCACAGAACGCGAACUCCUAAACGGCCUGAUGGAUGGUAGCGUGGAUAAAAUAUGGCUGUUCGACUGUGGUACCAAGGAAAUGAAAAAACAAUUUUCUCGUUUGACGAUAGUCGACGAAUCGAUAGAAUAUUUGAGCGUCAGGGUGGGUUUUGCGGCAAAAAAGGGAUACGAAGAUAUUGGAAAUUGUUUACAAGGGCGAGCUGAGGCAUGGACGUACGGAGAAAGGGCAACAGGACAGAUGGAUGAUUACGGCUAUGACUAUGAAGAAGAGGAUUGGCAGUUUUCCUGUUUUGAAAAGUACAGCCAUGGAAAAUACCGAUAUGAUAUGAAGCAAAGGUCAUCCAAGGACGGAGUGGAACCCUUCAACUACAUUUUACUGGCCUUUGCUGGUAUUCUUGUCACCUUCCUGUUGAUUGGUUCCCUGAGGAAUACUUGCAUAAAGAAGAGAACUACACCAGAUGACGUUGAUAUCGAAAAAGGAGCGUUUAACCCCAAACUGAGGGCGAAUGUUACUAGCGCAGUGCACAUGAAGGAACUCUCAGCACCAUGGAGUAACUAUUACUUACAGAUGUACGCUUCUGAAAAUAUAACGCAUUAG